CCUAGUCCCGCAGCACCUGCAGCCCCCGCGCCUGCUGCAGCCGCCGCUGCUCCUGAAGGCAGAGUAUACGCCAGUCCCAUGGCCCGCAGAUUGGCUGAACUCAGAAACCUACGACUUGGAGGCCAGGGGUCUGGAUUGUACGGGUCGCUAAAGAGUGGUGACCUCGCAGGCGCCGCGCCACUCGCCGCAGCCGGCGCCGUGGCUGCCCCGGCUUUUGCCUCCGCCCCCGCCCCCGCCCCGGGCGCCGCCUUCCUCGACAUCCCUCUGUCGGGCAUGAGGGAGACCAUAGCCAAGAGACUGUCCGCCGCUAAACAAACUAUACCUCAUUACCAGCUUAGUGCUACAGUUAACAUUGAAAAGACGCUGAAAAUGAGAAAGGACAUCAAUGAACGAUUGGCGAAGGAAGAACCAGGGCUUAAGAUUUCAGUGAAUGACUUUAUCGUGAAGGCCGUAGCGUCCGCCUGCAAGCGCGUUCCCACCGCUAACUCACAUUGGAUGGAAUCUUUCAUUAGACAGUAA